AGCGCCGGAAAUCGACGUCACGACUCCGGUGCGAAAAUGGCGGCCGCCUGCGGAGGCGCUUCAGGGUUGGGCGCGCUGCUGCUGCUGCUGCGAGGCCGCCUUCUCCGGACGAGCCGGAACUACUCCGCUGGCUACUCGACCGCUCGGACGGCGGCCGGCGGCCGCGGCAAAGGUACUGCCGGGGCGGCCAGGCCCUCCCCCCCUGGCGGAAAGCCCCGAGGGGCAGCUCCGCGGGGGCGCUGCGACGGGAGAAGCCGGGCGGGACGGGGCAAGGGAGCGGCGCAAAUCCGGCGCGUUUCAGGAGGGCUUGUUUCCCUGGAAGUGGUGCGCGGGGGCUGCGAGAGGAAGACGCUUGCUGCCCUCUUGAAGCAGCAGCAGAAGCAAAGAACAACGGCCGCCUCUCCCCUCAUGAGCCCACCCUCAGAUCGUACCCCCUCCUUGAGGGGUCCAGAGGGUGGCAACACGAGGACGGGGCCUUCUCUGCAGUGGCUCCCCGUCUGUGGGAAGCUCUCCCCAGGGAAGUUCGCCUUCAUUAUACACCUUGAGGCGCCAGGCAAAAACGUUCCUUUUUCACCAGGCCCUGGGCUCAUUAAACAAUUUGUGCCUUUUGAAACGGGGGGCGGGGGCGGGGGUAUUGUUUUUGUUGUUGUCAUGCCUUAGACUUGGGUGUUUUUAUUCUGUAAACUGUUCUGUCAUCCUCUGAUGAAGGGCGGUAUAGAAAUUUAAUAAACAAACAGAUAAAUUUCACUAGCAAAACUUGUCCACCGUUAAAAGGAAAUAAGUGUCACUGAAAUUGAUGUGAUUUAUUUCAGAACUAAGGGGAAUUGAGACUUACUGAGUAGGAAUGUGGGUUCUUGAAGGGUCAGCAAUAGUGUAUAGGUUUUUAAAAAUACCUUUAAAGGAGACUAGAUGGAAUCUAGUGGGAGAGAAUUCCAAGCAGAAAGGGCUGAAGUAUAAGAUCUAGAAAAAGACUAGAAGCAUAGGAACAAGCAGUUGCAUAAGGAAAACCAGAACUAAGAAAUGGCAAGCCUGUGAAAGGGCAUAAGAGCCUUCCAAAUCCUGCAUCCUGUUGCAACUUUCAGAAAUCUACUACUCAGAGAAUACUGCCUGGAAAUGAAGGUUUCAAUUAGUCACCAUGGUAAAGCUAUUAUAGUAGACUUAACAAAAUUAAAUCUGUGCCUCCCUAUCUGCUAUGAAGGGUUUUUUAUGCUGAUGGUUUAAGUAUUACCGUAUUUUUCGCUCCAUAAGACGCACCUUUUCACUCCUAAAAAGUAAGGGGAAAUGUGUGUGCGUCUUAGGGAGCGAAUGCAGGGGGGAGGCAUGCAGGAAAAGCCCCCAAGAGCUGCACACAAGCUCCAUGCGGCUCUUGCGGGCUUUUCCCCAGGAGGGAGAAGGGACUGACGCGGCCAGUCAGUCCCUUCUCCCUCCUCGUAGAAAAGCCCUUAAAGGGUGUGCGGCUCCUGUGGGCUUUUGCGGGGGUAUUGCCAUAGCCGCGUGCAGCCCCUCCGGUAACUAAACCGUAAGAUUCUCUCUUCCAGCCUGUUAUUUGAAUAAUAGAAUUUGCACAUAUGCAGUAAUAUUAAAUAAAAUAAUAUAUUUUUCUGAAAUAUUAAUUUCCAUUAUAGGGGCAUUGGUACAAAGAGGAAGGACCUCACAAAAUGAUAAAUACCGGAGAGAGGUAAGAAACUCAGGAUGCAUGUGGAUUACAUUUUAAGCCUAUUGGAUCUUAUUCUGUUUCAGCAUACUGACAACUGUCAUUUCUUCCAAAUCUGUAACCCUGAAAUUAAAACUCUAUGAAAGAACUAGGAUUCUCACAAGCGCAGGUUUAACUAUGUAGUGUUGUGUUUAUUGUAGGCUUCCACCUACUAAGCAAGCACUUUUAAGUGUUAGUUACAUGUGAUAUACCACAAAAUAAAAUCAUUAAGUAAUUCAGAAAAGGCCCUCCAGAAAACAGUUUAUAUCAGUUCUUAUUCAGCUACAGCCAAAUAAUUACUAUAAAUGAAUUUUUGGCUAUGUGAAUUGCUUUGUCCUUGCUAAUAAGUUAGGUUGAGAGCUAGAAACUAGUCCAAGUCCAUGCUUUGACAUUUAUGGCUCAACAGGGAUUUGAGGCAGGAUUAAUCCAGUUGGAGUCUAAAACUCAUGUGUCAUAUUAUAUGACUCAUAUAAGGGGGGUGCGAGAACAUCUGUCUCGAAAAACUGAUCGAUGUUAAAGCAUAUCUUGUCAUAAAAAAUAGAAUUGUCUCACAUUUUAAACUUUAUUUUUGUUUGAAAUUUGCAUUAGGCUGCAACUCCCAGAACUGAGAAGAUGGAGGUUGAUCAGGAUUGGACUAGUGUGUACCCUGUUGCAGCUGCUUUUAAACCUUCCUGUGUGCCCCUUCCUCUUCGAAUGGGCUACCCAGUGAAAAGGGGUGUACCUCCAGUAAAAGAAGGGAACUUGGAACUCUUAAAGGUACAGUUGUAUCCUGCUAUUUCAAAGACACUGUUUUUUUCAGUGUAGAAUGUAGUUGAAGGAAACAGAUAUACAGUAUAGUAGUCUUGCCCUUUCAUCACAAGUUAUUUAUAUAUAAUUUUUUAUAUAUAUACUGUUAAUAAAAAACAAAUCAGAACAGUUCCCAACAAUUGUAUGUAAAACUGUGCCAUGAAAGUUAUUAAAAAGUUAAAAUCAGAAGUUAACCAAUUACUGUGAAAGGGUGUACUCUUAAUUGUCUGCACAAGCCUGAUGGAGUAGAAAAGUUUUCAACAGGUGUUUUAAAGUUGAAACAGAAGGCACCUACCAUAGUACUUGACUGAUGACACUAAAGUCUGUUUCUUGUCGUCAAAUGAGUCUUGCCAGCUUGGGGAAUGGCCAACAGUGUUCUUGCAGAUGAUGUCAGUAAUUGAGAUACCCUGGACCUUAGUUGUUUAAGACUUGCAAAUUAGUGCAAGGACCCUGAACCUGUCUCGGUAGUUGAUGGGUAGAAAGUGCAGAUGCUUCAACAAUUUUCUUAACCAGAAAACUGACCACGGCAUUCAACACCAGCUGGAGCUUCUCGACCCAAGCCCAAGGACAAUCUCACAUAGAGCGCAUUGCAGUAAUCCAGCCUUGAGGUUACCAAUGCAUGGUAACCAGUGGUCAAGCUAUACCUGGUGGACCAGAUGAAAUUGGUAAAAGGCACUCCUAGUCACAGAGGAUACUUGGGUCUCUAUUGACAGAUGUUCCCAGGAAUACCUCCAAGCUAUGCACUUGCUCCUUCAGAGGAAGUGCAACCCCAUCCAGAACAGGCCAAACAGGUAACCUGUCAUGCCUGUCUCCCAAACGUAGGAACAACACAACCAAAGAGCCUUCAUUUUCCAAGGAUUUGUGCCCAGUUUAGUGGUCAGACUAUUUUCAGACACCCAAUUCUGAGCUUUCACAGUCUCUCAUGGUUCAUAUGUUAUGGAGAAGUAGAGCAUACUGCUGACACCUUGCUCUAAAAUUCCUAAUGACCCCACAAUAUAGAUGUCAAAUUGCACUGUGGAAAGGAUAGUACCCUGUGGAACCCCAUAGCACAAUUGCUAGGGUUUGAGGAGCACUUACCCAGUGCUACUUUCUGAACACACCCCUGAAAAUACAAAAGCACUGUAAUAUGGUGCAUUCAGAACCCAUCUCACUAAAUUGGAUCAGGAGGAUGCCAUGAUCAGUGAUAUCAAAAGCUACUGACAGAUCGAGCAGAAGUAAGUCACAUUUCCCCCUGUCCCUGUACCAUUGAAGCGUGCAAUCUCCACAGCAUUUAACUGAAAUGGACUCCAUAUAUCUUUUCCUGAGGCUACGAGCCUUUACAGCAAGAGAGAUUAUUCCCUGCCCCAGUUGCAUAAUGUUAAGUGCCUUGUAACAGAAAGCUUCGCUCAUUUCCUUUGCUUUCCUAUUCUUAAUCUUCUUUCAAAAGGACUCUAAAUAGUUUACUUUAAUAUUGGUAUAAAGCUGUUAUUCAAUAAUGUCAAGGGGGGUACUGCAAUGCCACCCCACAAAUACAUACUCUGUCUUGGACUGCUGUGCCCUCAGAUUUCUAUAGUUGAACCAUUCCCUCUGUUCAAAACAGCUGAACCUAUUCUAUUUUCAAGGGGAAAUUCUGGGGUUUUUUUCAUAUCCAUAUUGGACUUUUAUACCUUCUGACCAAUGCACAGUCCUUGGGGAAAAAAGCAAGUUGUGUUAACUGUGCUUUUACAUAUAAAUUAACUGUUGUACAGUGGUACCUCGGGUUACAUAUGCUUCAGGUUACAGACUCCACUAACCCAGAAAUAGUGCUUCAGGUUAAGAACUUGGCUUCAGGAUGAGAACAGAAAUCGUGCUCCGGCAGCACGGCAGCAGCAGGAGGCCCCAUUAGGUAAAGUGGUGCUUCAGGUUAAGAACAGUUUCAGGUUAAGUACGGACCUCUGGAACGAAUUAAGUACUUAAGUAUUUUACUUACUGCUUAGCGAUACUGAAUGAAUCCUUUGUCCUCAUUUAGAUGUUUUACAUUAUGUAUUAGAUUUAGACUAUGAGUUACAUCUUGUUUCAGAUCCCCAAUUUUUUGCAUCUGACACCAGUUGCCAUCAGGAAGCACUGUGCUGCUCUUAAAGGUAAGUUUCAGAUCUCUUUCAUUGAUUAAAAAAUAGGUGGAAGGCAAUGCUAGCAGGCUAUUCUUUGUUCUCAGCACUUGACUUUUAUUUAAAAAAAGAGGUGAGGGUCGGGAAUUUGUAAACAGCUAUGCCUCUGAUUGGCAUAUUCACAUCAUAUUCCACUUUAAUUACUUGGAAAGGGAUGAAGUUCUUAAUACAUUUUUCUCAAAGUAGCUAUUGCCAGAUUGAUUGCUGUGAUCUUGCUCCCACUGCUCACUUUUCAGACUUCUGCACAGAGUGGCCAGCUGAUGUUGAUAAUGAUGAGAAAUGUAUGCAGCACUUUCCUAUUGAAGUUGACACAGUAGAUUACAUUUCAGCAGGCCCAUCUGUUCGCAAUCCUAAAGCAAGAGUGGUGACCCUAACAGUAAGUAAACUACAGAAGUAACUUCAUUUUUAACAUAGGGCUCUUAAAACAAGUUCAUUUGGUUUGAUUACAAAGCAGGCAGAAAUUAAACUUGCUGUUACUGCAAGACAGUGUACAAGAACUGUUUGCACUGAUGAAGUAAUUAACUUAAGAAAUGAAGAACCACCCAUUAGAAAUUGCUUCAUUUCUUGGCACAAAAUCCAGUAACAUCUAAUGGUAUUUGAUUUAAGUGCUGUAAGCUAAUGGUCAAGUUAGAUGCCUAUUUUGAAUAUAGAACAAAGCAUUAGGAGAGAGAGAUAAUGAAUCUAUAAGGCCAUAUUUUUUCCAGCCAUUUUUGUGUGUGAGGUCAUUCAUUUAAUAUUGUCCCAUCAGUAUUCAAGAUACUGCAGAAGCAGAAAUGACUUUGCCCAAGCCACUUAAUAUAAGUCAUCUUCCUGUGUUCCAGAGUCAAACUACUGCACCAUCUAGCUUAGUUUGUCCACACUGACUGCCAGCUGUUCUCCAGGUUCCAAACAGGAUGCCUUCCCAGCCUGGAGAUGAUGAAUACUGAACGUGGGACCUUUAGCUUGCAAGGAAGACACACUGCCACCACGCUGGCCCUUCCCCACUUAAAACCUAAAGCAGAGAAAAUGAGGGUUGGUGGAGGCUAGGAUUUGAGAAGCUUGGAGCACAUUUUGCUUUUGUAAAAAAAAGCCAUUUCAUUUGCAUUUUCAGUCAUCUCUAAAAUCACUUUGUAAGGUAGAUGGCAGUAUUUGUAUGACAAGAUACUGCUAAAAUCAUGUCCUACAAUCCAAGCCAAUGUUUUACUUUAUGCAGCUAACAGACUGUAUAAAAACCAUGUACUUUUUUUUAAGAAGUAUAUUUCGAAACAGGCUGCAUAUAAUGUUGAUUAUUAAACAUGCAGCAACCUGCCAUAUGGCUUUUCCUAGCACUUAUGAUCAAAUGAGACGUGAUUGUCCCGUCUUCUGGUGGUGUCCUGUUAAUCCUUUGUCAACAUAAUCUGCCGGGAGGAAUGGGACAGGGAGAGGUUUGAAGGUGAAAAGCAGAUGGUAUUGAGACUGUUUUGAAUGGGGGCCUGGACUGAUGAAGCUGUGUCGGCUAUACCAUUUCAAAUUGCAUGUGGGAUUUGCAUGAUGAAAUGCUCCAUACAAAAACAAACCCCUCCCUGUGCAUUUAAAAAAGCUUGUAUGGAACAAAGUAUCUAGUCUAGCCUUCUCUCUGAUAUGCUUGUCUUUUAUGACAGAGUGUGUUUAGAAUGGAGAAGCGUCCCAUUAUGUGUGCCUCCACCCUGCUCAAGUGAUAGGGCUCAGUUUCCCAGCCAUGUGUUUGCCACUCCAGUGAGACCUUGGUGACCUGGGAGGAUCUGUGUACAUCUAGUGUGUUGCAAAAUUGCCAUGACAGAAUCUGUAACGUUCAAAUGUUCAGAAAAUGGAUUUAUUUAAAUAUUUAACAUGGUCUACAAAAGAGAUGCGGGUGGUGCUGUGGGUUAAACCACAGAGCCUAGGACUUGCCGAUCAGAAGGUUAGUGGUUCGAAUCCCUAAGCAUUAAAAUAUCACACCUAAGCAUUAAAAUAUCACACCAAAAUAUGGUAUGUGCAUUAACUGCACCAUUUUUCAUAAGAUGUAGCACAUUGUGAGCCUGUCGCCUGAAUCUUGGGAGUAAAUCACAUUAAACCGAGCCGGGGUCAGGAGGAAAGAUGUGAACAUGAAGCCUCACAGAAACUAAACUUCGCUAACUUAAAUUUACUUGGGAGAUUGGUUAAAAAGAAGGUAAAAUUCUUCAAUCAUUGGGCAGCCCAAUUUGACUUGCUUUUGAUAGAACACAGUAAGUGCAGGUGGCGCUGUGGGUUAAACCACAGAGCCUAGGACUUGCCGAUCAGAAGGUCGCCGGUUCAAAUCCCUGCGACGGGGUGAGCUCCCGUUGCUCGGUCCCUGCUUCUGCCAACCUAGCAGUUCAAAAGCACAUCAAAGUACCUUCCCGGUGGGAAGGUAAACGGCUUUUCCGUGCGCUGUUCUGGUUUGCCAGAAGCGGCUUGGUCAUGCUGGCCACAUGACCAGGAAGCUGUACGCCAGCUCCCUCGGUCAAUAAAGCUAGAUGAGCGCUGGCAACCCCAGAGUCGGUCACGACUGGACCUAAUGGUCAGGGGUCCCUUUACCUUUACCUUUUAUGGUCUACAAAAUAGCAAACCAUCAAAUCCUAAAUGCAUAACCAAAUAAAAAGACACAUGAUACCAUCAGUCAGUAAACUGGCCCAUUACAUUCAACCUCAGCAAGGGCAAGUAAACUGGAGCAGCUAAAAAAAACACCUUCAAAAACUUAAGAGUUCUCAAAAUUUUCAGGAAGGGGGAAUCUUUUUCUGAAGCACCAGCAGGGAAGAGGUAGAAUUAACUUAACAGGAGGAAGUUCAAGAUACUUAGUGCCACUAUUAAAAAGCUCUUACACACACAAAUACACAUAAAAUUUCAAAGAACAAGUGGACUUGCAGCAAGAGCCCAAAGAAAAUCUUUAAUUUACACACACAUUCAUAUGAGGGAAGACAGUCCUUUAAGUUUUCCAAGACAAUCUAAGGCAGUGGUAACUAACUCUUCUCGGCUCAUCAGAUUUGCAGAUGACACCAAACUACAGUGGUGCCUCGCAAGACGAAAUUAAUUCGUUCCGCGAGUUUUGUCGUGUUGCGAUUUUUGUCGUCUUGCGAAGCACGGUGUCGGGAAAGUUUUGGAAAAGCUUCAAAAAUCACCAAAGUCUUUCAAAACCUCAAAAAAGGCUACCACACCGAGUUCUAUGAGUUGCUCCUCGAAGUCAAGUCGCAACUGUAUUAACGGUGUUAAGAAAAAGGAAACAAACUUGCAAGACGUUUCCGUCUUGCGAAGCAUGCCCAUAGGGAAAAUCGUCUUGCGAAGCAGCUCAAAAAACAAAAAACCCUUUCGUCUAGCGAGUUUUUUGUCUUGCGAGGCAUUCGUCUUGCGAGGUACCACUGUAGCUACUGCCACAGAAGAUAGAAUCUGGAUUCAAGUUGACCUUAACAAAUUGGAAAACUGGGCCAACAAAAUGGAUUUCAAUAGGGACAAAUGUAAGUUUCUGCACUUAGGCAGGAAGAACCAGAUGCACAAAUAUAAGAUGAAGGACAUUUGGCUAACUAGCAGUACAUGUGAAAAGGAUUUAGGGGUCCUGGUGGGCCACAAGCUUCAUAUGAGUCAGUAGUGUGAUGCAGCAGCAAACAUGUGAAUGCUAUUCUAGGCUGCAUCAAGAGAAGUCUGGUGUCCAGAUCAAGGGAAGGAUUAGUACCACUCUAUUCUGCCAUGGUCAGACCUCACCUAGACUCCUGCGUCCAGUUCUGGGUGCCACAAUUUAAGAGAGAUAUUCACAAGCUGGAAUGUGUGCAGAGGAAGGUGACCAAGCUGAUCAUGGGUCUGGAAACCAAGCCUUAUGAGGAAUGGUUGAGGGAGUUGGGUUGCUGCAACCUUUCUUCAUAGAUCAUUUUGGUUGCCCUUUUCUGAACCUUUUCCUACCCUCUAUCUAUACACCUGUUGACACUCAAAAGACACUCACACUCGUGAGACAGGACUUGUAGUCUUACUUAGCAUAGAACCUAACGAAAUGGUAGAAUUCUGAAUAGUACUACUUCAAACCACAGAGGUGGCAAGGAGCCUCAUUUUUUAAAACACCUGAAAUAAAAAGUUCCCUGAGUGUAGUAAACUAGUACUUUGGGAGAAGGCUGGGGUAAUGUGUCUUCCUGAUGUAGUAGUUUACUACAUUCAGGGAACGUUUUAUCUAGGGAAGCAUUCAAAAAUAUUAUUUUCCCCAGCUCAUACUUUCUCUUUGAAGUGGUAGUGUUCUGAAUUCUUCUGUGUAGCAAGUUUCUUUAGUCUUAACACAAUAUAGCAAACUAAAAUUGCACCUGCGCACUACUUUGAGCUUUUGUUAGUUUAACAUGUUCUUAAUCCUUUGCUUGAAGAUAGUUCUUACACUGAGCAGCUCAAGUCUGUUUUGAGUCACAAAAUUUAAUUUGUUCUUUAUUUAUUCUCCAGUUAGGAUUUUCUUCCUAGCACUUGGCUUUUUAAAAGCCUCUUAGUGCUCUUUCUGAGACUUUCAUCCCUUGGUUUUUCAACCCUUAAAUAUAAUAUUUGCUUUUUCCAUUAAGAUUCUUUACUGGCCUUGUUUCUGCUGAUUGAGAAAUAGUAGAAUGAGAUCCAAAUUUUCCUGUAGCUUAUUUCUAAGGAUUGUGUAGUACCUCAUGCUGGGGUACUGCAUGUCAGCAUAGUCUCAACUCUGAUUUUCAAAAAGGAAAGCAAUGGCUGUAACAACGUGCUGUAAAAUAUAUGGAGAUGCCUGAAUAAGGUUUCCAGUGACCUGGGUCAAGGUGUUACUGCUGUGCUUAGCCUUGUGCAUAGUGCCAGGACUAGCAAAAUCAGAAUAAAUGAUGAAAUUAAACAGAUGCCAGUCUCCUGGUUCUGUGCUCAACUUUUGAGGACUUCAAUCUAAAAGACACCUGUGAUGUAUUUUUGUGUGUGUGUGGUUUGCAUGAAGUCACCUGUUUGAGCUUGGGGCUAAUAUUAGGCCGUCGUAUUUGCGACCUGCAAAACUGAAUGCAGCAACAUCAUGUUUUUUGUGCAAUAACUCAUUGACCUUUCUUUUCUACCCUGGGGAUUGAACUUGCUAUCAACUUGCUAAGUGACUGAUUUCUCUCCAGGUUAAACUUUCAAGCCUCAACUUGGAUGAUCAUGCAAAGAAGAAGCUCAUUAAACUUGUAGGAGAAAGGUACUGCAAGGGCACAGAUACCCUUACCAUUACAACAGACAGGUAUCGUAACAUGAGAAAAUUGUCUAAUGUUGGUCAUAUGUAAGAUAGUCAAGACCCUAGCUGCUAAUAUCCAUUUCUGUCCUACUUACUGGGUAACUACUACAAGGACUCAAAAAAUAUUGUGCCAUAUUACAAAGAUCCUUGGUUAUAAUGACUCUUCUACUCUAAUCUGGCAAAGGCUUUAGCUAUCUUUGUUAGACCUCAUUUCUCCCAUUUCUUGCUUCAAAAUGCAAAUAAAUUAAUAUGAUUGACAUAGGUUUGUGUCCAAAGGUCAACACAUUUUGGAAGCUUGUUUGUGAGUGAACUAAAGUGCAGUUGUUUGUCUUGCUUCUUAUGAUACUCCUCCGGUCCCUGUGCUAUUCAGGAGAGGGCCUCCUGUGGAUAUGUUCUCAUUAGGAGGUCUGUUCUGCUUGCAUAGAAUCAUAGAAUCAUAGAGUUGGAAGAGACCACAAGGGCCAUCGAGUCCAACCCCCUGCCAAGCAGGAAACACCAUCAGAGCACUCCUGACAUAUGGUUGUCAAGCCUCUGCUUAAAGACCUCCAAAGACGGAGACUCCACCACACUCCUUGGCAGCAAAUUCCACUGUCGAACAGCUCUUACUGUCAGGAAGUUCUUCCUAAUGUUUAGGUGGAAUCUUCUUUCUUGUAGUUUGGAUCCAUUGCUCUGUGUCCGCUUCUCUGGAGCAGCAGAAAACAACCUUUCUCCCUCCUCUACGUGACAUCCUUUUAUAUAUUUGAACAUGGCUAUCAUAUCACCCCUUAACCUCCUCCAGGCUAAACAUGCCCAGCUCCCUUAGCCGUUCCUCAUAAGGCAUCGUUUCCAGGCCUUUGACCAUUUUGGUUGCCCUCCUCUGGACACGUUCCAGUUUGUCAGUGUCCUUCUUGAACUGUGGUGCCAGAACUGGACACAGUACUCCAGGUGAGGUCUGACCAGAGCAGAAUACAGUGGCACUAUUACUUCCCUUGAUCUAGAUGCUAUACUUGAUCUAGAUGCUAUAUAUUUGAACAUGGCUAUCAUAUCACCCCUUAACCUCCUCCAGGCUAAACAUGCCCAGCUCCCUUAGCCAUUCCUCAUAAGGCAUCGUUUCCAGGCCUUUGACCAUUUUGGUUGCCCUCCUCUGGACACGUUCCAGUUUGUCAGUGUCCUUCUUGAACUGUGGUGCCAGAACUGGACACAGUACUCCAGGUGAGGUCUGACCAGAGCAGAAUACAGUGGCACUAUUACUUCCCUUGAUCUAGAUGCUAUACUUGAUCUAGAUGCUAUAUAUUUGAACAUGGCUAUCAUAUCACCCCUUAACCUCCUCCAGGCUAAACAUGCCCAGCUCCCUUAGCCAUUCCUCAUAAGGCAUCGUUUCCAGGCCUUUGACCAUUUUGGUUGCCCUCCUCUGGACACGUUCCAGUUUGUCAGUGUCCUUCUUGAACUGUGGUGCCAGAACUGGACACAGUACUCCAGGUGAGGUCUGACCAGAGCAGAAUACAGUGGCACUAUUACCGUACUUCCCUUGAUCUAGAUGCUAUACUCCUAUUGAUGCAGCCCAGAAUUGCAUUGGCUUGCAGUAUUGCAGAAUUGCAGUAGGAGAGGGAUCUUUAGCGUGGCAGCAGCUCCCCUUUGGAACUUCCUCCCCUUACACAUGAGAUAGGCACUACCUCUGUUGUCUUUUGGGCACCUCCUGGAGAUCUCUUUUCAAAGUGAAUAUUUUCAGUGAAGAUUAUCCUAUCCUAUACAGUGAUGGGGGAAAGUAUUUGAUUCCCCUGCUAAAUUUGCCCGUUUGCCCUCUGACGAAGAAAUGACCAGUCCAUAAUUUUAAUGGUAGGUUUAUUGUAGCUGUGAGAGACAGAAUAACAAUAAGAAAAAACCCAGAAGACAAAAGUCUGAGAUUGAUGUGCAUUAUAAUGAGUGAAAUAAGUAUUUGAUCCCCUAUCAACCAGCCAGAUGUCAGGCUACCUGAUAUCUUCACUGUAUGUAAUGAGCUGAGAUUAGAAGCACCUGCUUCUAGGGAGAGGUUUUACCUGUAAUCCCAGCUCCUUACAGUACCUGUACAAAAGACACCUGUUGACAGAAGCAAGCAAUCCAGCAGAUUCCAAAGUAGCCACCAUGGACCAAAGAGCUGUCCAAGGAUGUCAGGGACAAGACUGUAGAUCUGCACAAGGCUGGACUGGGCUACAAGACUAUUGCCAAGCAGCUUGGUGAGAAGGUGGCAACAGUUGGUGCAAUAAUUUGCAAAUGGAAGAAACACAAAAUAACUGUCAACCUCUUGGGCUCCGUGCAAGAUCUCAUCUCGUGGAGUUGCAAUGAUCAGGAGAACGGUGAUGAAGCAGCCCAGAACUCCAUGGAGGGAAUUCGUCAAUGAUCUCAGGGCAGCUGGGACCAUAUUCAGCAUGGAAACAGCUGUUUUCAUUUUCAAAACAGCUGUCCCCUUGCUCAAGACAGCACAUGUACAGGCCCGUCUGCAGUUUGCCAAUGCACAUCUGAACGACCCAGAGGAGAACUGGGUGAAAGUGUUGUGGUCAGAUGAGACCAAAAUCGAGCUCUUUUUCAUCAACUCAACUCUCCGUGUUUGGAGGAGGAGGAAUGCUGCCUCCGACCCCAAGAACACCAUCAUCAAACAUGGAAAGAACUCCAUCAAACAUGGAGGGGGACAUAUUACGCUUUGGGGUGUUUUUCUGCUAGGGGGACAGGGCACCUUCACCGCAUCAAAGGGACGAUGGACAAGACCAUGUAUCAUCAAAUCUUGGGUGAGCACCUCCUUCCCUCAGCCAGGGCAUUGAAAAUGGGUCGAGGAUGGGUAUUCCAGCAUAACAAUGACCCAAAACACACAGCCAAGGCAACAAAGGAGUGGCUCAAGAAGAAGCCCAUUAAGGUCCUGGAGUGGCCUAGCCAGUCUCCAGACCUUAAUCCCAUCGAAUAUCUGUGGAGGGAGCUGAAGGUUCAAGUAGCUACACAUCAGCCUCGAAAUCUUACUGACUUGGAGAGGAUCUGCAAAGAGGAAUGGGACAAAAUACCUCCUGAGAUGUGUGCAAACCUGGUGGCCACCUACAAGAAACAUCUGAUCUCUGUAAUUGCCAACAAGGAUUUUGCCACCAAGUGCUAAGUCAUCUUUUGCAAAGGGAUCAAAUACUUAUUUCACUCAUUAUAAUGCACAUCAAUCUCAGACUUUUGUCUUCUGGGUUUUUUCCUAUUGUUAUUCUGUCUCUCACAGCUACAAUAAACCUACCAUUAAAAUUAUGGACUGGUCAUUUCUUCAUCAGAGGGCAAACGGGCAAAUUUAGCAGGGGAAUCAAAUACUUUCCCCCAUCACUGUAUAGGAUAGGAUAAUCUUCACUGAAAAUAUUCACUUUGAAAGGAGAUCUCCAGGAGGUGCCCAAAAGACAACAGAGGUGGUGCCUAUCUCAUAUGUAACGGGAGGAAGUUCCAAAGGGGAGCUGCUGCCACGCUAAAGGUCCCUCUCUUACUGCAAGCAGAACAGACCUCCUAAUGAGAACAUAUCCACAGGAGGCCCUCUCCUGAAUAGCACAGGGACCGGAGGAGUAACAUAAGAAGCAAGACACUGUAUCUAUUUUAGAUUUGACAUUGUUUUUCUAUAUUACAUUGUUUUAAUAUGUGUUUUUAUUGUUAAAUCUCUUAUUCAUUGGAAGCAAUUAAUGAAUAGUUCUUCAAACUAUUCAUUCUGUAGUUUCAAUUUAUAUUCAAAAAAAUGUAGAGUUUUAAAUUGUUAAAUAUUGGAGAGAUUAUACCAAAGACUUAGUUUUUCAUAUAUUUCAGGUGUCCUUUAAGAAGACAAAAUUAUGACUAUGGAGUGUACCUUCUGACAGUUUUAUUCCAUGAAUCAUGGGUAAGAAUUGAUGCAUGACAUUUGUGACAGCCAAGCUUGACUUAAAAUGUGUAACAUUUAUUUGAUUAGAUGUUGUUCACAAAUAAUAUGGCUUAUUUACAUUGAUGAUAGAGAGGAAUUAUUAGAACACCUAUAUUGAUGUGCUUGUGUGUUGGGUCAAAGCUAUUGUUUUCCACAGAUGGUAUGUUAAUACAGUGAAAAACUUUAUAUCUUUUUCAAACAUUGAGCAAAGUUCCAUCUUACAGGUCCUCUUUUUUAUGUGCACAGAUCAGUACAUGUUGAAUGCACCAGAACUGAAACGGGGGCAAGAAAGGGCAGCUGCUCAGUUGUAGAGUGUUUGCUUUUCAUGCAGGAAAUCCCAGGUUCAGUCCCCAGUAUCUCCAGGCUGGGCUGGGGAAGACUCUUGCCUGAAAUCCUGGAGCCUCUGCCAGUCAAUAUAGACAAUACUGAGGCCGAUUGACAAAUGGACUGUCUCAGUAUACGGCAAUUUCCUUUGAGUGGCCAACCUGUGGCCCUCAGCUGAAUCAGCUUUCAUCAUUCCUGGCCAUUGGCUACACUGGCUGGGGCUGGUGAGUCCAGCAGUAUCUGGAGGGUGGCAGACAAAUGACCCCUGCAGUGGGGCUUCCUGUCAAUUGAAAGCAGCCAGUGUCUGCUAAUCAGGAUUUGUUGUGCUUAUUUCUGUCUGAUAUGCACAGAUCUGAGGUAAGUGGUAAAGCAGUAGCUCUAGCUUAGUGUUGUACACAGACCAUGAGUGAGCCAACGUCUUGGGCCUCUCUCUCUCUAAGUAUAAUACCUGCCUUGGUGGUCUACGGGAUUACUACGGAAAUCAGUGUGGAGUGCUUAGAGCACUAAGAAGAAAAAUUAUGGCUGUUUCAACAGACAAUUUGCUUACCUAGUUUGUCAGAUGAAAUGAUGGCUAUUAGGGACAUUUAUGUUCCUGUGUUUGUCAACUUGGGAGUGGGCACAUCCCCAUCAGCCCCACCCUUAGUCUUUGUGCAGAGAAUGGGACCAUCUGUCAUAUGGAGCCUUCAAAGGUUUCCUCGCAUCCUGGAAACCCCAAUUAUGCUGAGUCAUGGGUUGUGCGGGAACCUUGGCAUGCACAGCUGCGCACACACAGUUUCCAUCCUAACAGGCAGAUGUGCUCUUUGUGCAAAGGUGAAGUGGAGCUCUUGGUGGAUCCCCACUCCCUGCUUCCAUGUUGACAAACAAAAUUAGCAUUGAUGACUGAACAGGUCUAUAGCAUUCAUGAAAAUUAGUGGCGGGGCAUCUGUACUAUGAUGUCCUCAGUGCUACACAGUCACUAAAUACAUUUUAAUCUGUUUAGGGCACUAUGGAAAAGCUGAGGUAGGAAGACUCUUGAUUCUGUUUCUUGCCCAGGUAAAUCUCCUCAGCAAUGGCCCACCUCUUCCCUCAGUAGUGCUUCAGCGAAAGGGAGAAGAGAUAUGGGGAUGAGGACGGUGACCUGAGGGAAUAAAUAGCAGCAUAUCAAUGGAGCUCCAGUGUGUUGUGCCACUUAGUUGAUAUGGGGCUCGGCCUCUGGAAGUCCUUUCACUUUACAUGAACAGUGUCUCCUGUCAGACACCCCAACACUCUUUCCUGCAGUACAUUGAAGGAGAAAAUAGGCUUUCUUUCAGUGCCAGCGUUUUAAUUGUUGAUCUUCUCACUAAGGUGCUCAGUAUUGAGAAGUCCUGGGAAACGGUGUUAACUGAUGUUAACUGUUUAACCGUACUUCCUUCAACUGAGGAAUUUUUAGAAACAUAAACACUAAUGCUUUAGUAUUUUGAAAACCUAUAAAGGUGGGUGAAGGUGAACUGUUCCCAAUUCAAUAGGUGUCUGUAGCCAUUCAGACACUGAUUCUAAGUAUGCUGGAAGCUCAAAGGGGUUAUUAAUUCCAGAUGAACACAUCUGUCCUUGACUCUAGCAUUACUCAGUGAUGGAAGACUUAGCCAUAUGAUAUUGCUUGUGUGAGUGCUUGGUGUGUAUUGAAUACACACAAGUCCUAUACCCUUUUAUUACCUUUCAACUUCCACAUAAAUACUUAAUAACCUCGUCAGUUGUAAUUGUCUUUGAUUUCAAUGAAAAAUGCAUGGCCUGCUGCAACACAUUGGAUUUUUUUUUCCAUGAACGGUUGAUCCCUCAGAAGGAAGCGUGUUCAGUAGCAUUUUUCGCAACUUCAUACAAGUGUUUCUUAAUCUUAAUUCUUAAUCUCUGAAAUUUUAAAAUGGCAGGGGGGAACUCAUCCCUUGGUAAGGACAUCAGUACUCUCAGUUUGUCAGCAAAAUAGGAUUUAAACAGAAUAAUCUGAAAGCAAGUAUGUUGGAUAGGAGCAUAGUUAAAUCCUUGAUUUACGUAGCUAUGAAACCCACUUUGUGAUCUUGGGGUAAAUUGGGGCCAAACUAGUCAAGACUGUAGGAUAUUUGUGAUCAGAUCUCCUAUGGGUUUUCUUAAAGCUUGAAAUCUAUUUUGGGUGCCCAAAUCAGAUCAAACAGAGAGCAGAGUUAACUCUUUUCCCCUGUGCUAUUUUUCUGAUCUAAAAUCUCCUUUCACACCCAAAGCUGCUAUCUAUCCAAGGGUGGAAAGCACACAGGCUACCAUAGAGAAUCAGCAUGUGAGGGAGAUGUGCUCUAGCUGUCCUUCUCCCUUGCUAUUUUUCUGUCUGAAGGGAAUCAUCUGUGGAGUUGCUCAGUCAUCUGAGCUGUAGUCUGAAGUGAUGCAUCCCAUGUGGUUGUGAGGAUAAAACAAGCUCUCCAUCUAGGCCAACCUGAGCUCUUUGGACAAAUAAUAAUUUCUCACACAUACACUAUUUACGUAAUCCUUCCAGCAACCCUCUUGGAGACUCCAAAUUAUCCCCAUGUUGAAAAUGUCGGACUGAGGCUGGCAGCAGCUUCUUCUAAGGCCAACCAGAGAGUUCAUGGCAAGAGCAAGAUCUGAAUAGGGGAGUCACUUCCCCAUUCACAUCUUAGUUUCUGAGCCAGUGUAGUGCAGAAGAGAAAGGCGUGGAUACAAACACAAGAUCGUAUCUAAUCUUAGAAAGAAAACGGAACAGUUUCAAUUCAGACAUAGGUCUGGUAAGAAUAGAUUUAAGAAUAUGUAGGUGUGGUAUCAAAGAUCUAAGACAACAUGAUGCAAUGGAUAGAGCCUUUCCAACUUGUUCCUCUCCCAUUGCUGUUAGUUCUGGAAAGCUUUGUUAGAUUAGUUUAAACGCUGUCCUUUACGAUGGAUGCACGACUAAAGAAAUUAAACUUUUCUGGAGUCUAUGGAUUAUCAAUGAUAGUUAAGUGGGAAUAACAGAGAGAGAGGCUGUUGUGGGUAUUGGCUUUGUUUUUCAUAGAACUGUAGAGUUGGAAGGGACUCCGAGAGUCAUCUAGUCCAGCCUCCUGCAAUGCAAGAAUCUCAACUGAAACAUCCCUGACACUUUCUAUUCUACACAUCCUGGUACUCAGUUCUGAUGUGGCUGUAGGUGAAAGUGAAAUACUUUCAAAAGAUAGAAAGGUAUUGCUGGGCGAGAACUGAGAAGAUUUGGGUCCUUUGUCCAAUCCUUUUAGUUAGCUAUGUGUGUAUUUUUAUUUUUGUCUUCUGUGUACCUUGUGUUGGGGCUUUCCCAAUUGAAUCUUUUCUGCAGCCACAUGCUUCCCUUUGGUCUGAAGGGGGCUUUUGCAUGCAGUCCUGUGAGCAUCCUUGGAACUCUCUGCACAGUAUAAUUAAUUAAUUAAUUACAUAAUUACAUAAUUAGAAACAGGAUUUCCAGUCCCAUAGGUGGGACACAUGUAGAAGCCCCCUUCAGACUUGCAUGUUCAACACAAAGUUUUGAAAGGAGGUGGUGUGCUGAGGGACGGUGAAGAGGUGGGGCUUGUUUCCUUUUAACCUUACUCAGUUUAAAUACCUGAAGAGGGCUGCAGUUUAAUAGUGAAUCUGAAAAAAAUAUGUGUUAAGGUGCUACUGUAACCAUAUAUAUCACCUUUCAGCUCUGUCACAAUCUCUAAAGUGAUGUACAACCUAAAAAAAAAAUAAUCCAAAAUAAAAACUCAGAACUUUAGCAAAGCAACAUGGAAGCUAUUAAAAUGUAAAACCAGAAAUGCUGCCAAUGCCUGUGGCACACAACUCUACACUUCACAUCUUAAUCAUGGUGCACCAAAGGCUUGGGAGAACAUAGGAGUCUUAAAUUUGCAUUGAAAUAUAGGCACCAUCAGUCAUAGAGGGAAUGGAAUUCCCUCUGGAAUUCCAUUCCAGAGAGUCUGGGAGCUGCAAUAAAAAAGACCUUGUCUUGACUUAGUAUCCCUUUUACUUCUAAGGGGGGAUGCCUCACCACAUUCUUCAUAUACAGAUAAGAUCUUAUGGAAGUUGGUAUUCCUUCUAAAAUGCCCCAGAUUUCAGGCUAUUUGGGGCUUUAGAAAGCAAAAACCAGCAUUUUGACCUAUGUUCGGAGAUAAACUGGCUGCUAGGGAAGAUUUUUAGAUGCUGGACAAAUGUGAUUGACUUUACAAAAUUAACAGGCAGAGACAUUUUGAACCUGCUGAAGGUUCUGAGCAAUAUGCAGAUGCAUCACUGAAUAAAACAUAGUAUGACCUGAUCAUGAUCAAAGCAUGGAAAACUUUGAAAGGAUCCAGUUUUCUCUGGGACAGCAAUAGUACAGCUGGAAAAGAUAAAUCAGGCCAUGUAUGCUGCUGCUCAGCAACCCACAAUAAGUCCAGAUCUGAAAGAACUCCCUCCCCUCAAGCGGCAUACCUGAUCUUUCCGAAUACGUGCAACUUCAUCCAUAGUAGACUGAAAGCAAAUUCCACAUAACCUAAUAAUAGUAUGACUACCUUGUCUGGUUUGAGCUUCAGUUCACUGGUCCCCAGCCAGACUGUUAGAGAUUCCAGGCGCCAGUGUUAUCCCCUGCCUUAUCUGGGUUAGAUGGAAAAGAAAGAGAAUUGGAUGUCAUUGGCAUACUAAUGAGACCUCACUCCAAACCUCCAAAUGACCUUGCUUGCAGUCUCAAGUAGAUCUGCCUUCCCCAAGCUGAUAUCCUCCACCUGCUUUGGACUACAGAUCGCAGCAUCCUUAACCAUUGGCCCUGCUAGGCAGAGCUAAUGGGAGUUGUAGUCCAAAAUGUCUGGUGGGCACCUGGUUGGGGAAAAGUGAUGUUAAACUAUGUUGGGAAAAAGAUGAAACUGUGAAAACUUACAGCAACUGUGGCAUGAAGUAUCAAACAACCCUCCAAAAGUUGCUUGCUAGAUAAAAAUGAAGUCACUAGAAAACAAUGCCUCCAGUUCCAACAGCAGGGAAACUUGAAGCUGUCAAAAACAGGACAACAGACUUGCCUGUAUGAGAGACUUACAGAGGAGCAGCUGGAACCACUCUAGGACAGUGUUAGAUACUUCCUGAUUUCACCUGCUAGGGCAGGUGCGGGCUUUCCUUGUCACGUGGGGCUACCUUUGAAGGUAACUUGGAAACUACAGCUAAUCCAGAAUGUGGCAGCUAGACUGGUGACUGGGAGUGGCUGCUGAGAUCAUAUAACACUGGUCUUAAAGGAUCUACACUGGCUCCCAGUAUGUUUCUGAGCACAAUCCAAAGUGUUGGUUCUGACCUUGAAAGCCCUAAACGGUCUCGGUCCUGUAUACCUGAAGGAGCAUCUCCACCCCCAUCGUUCUGCCUGGACACUGAGGUCCAGCUCCAACGUCCUUCUGGCGGUUCCCUCACUGCAAGAUGUGAGGUUACAGGGAAUCAGGCAGAGGGCCUUCUCAGUAGUGGUGCCCACCCUGUGGAACACCCAUCAGAUGUCAGGGAAAUAAACAGCUACAAUGGACGCUCAGGUUGCGAACGUGAUCCAUGCAGGAAGCACGUUCGCAACCUGCAGCGCCGCGUCUCGGCACGCACAGGUUGUGAUUCAGCACUUAUGCCCAAAGCACGAUUUAGAGCUUUGCGCAAGCGCCGAAACCCGGAAGUAACCUGUUCCGGUACUCCGGGUUCGGCGCAGUGCACAACCCGAAAUCGCGCAACCCAAAGCAUCUGUAACCCAAGGUAUGACACUAUCUGACUUGUAGAAGACAUCUGAAGGCAGCCCUGUAUGGGAAAAUUUUUAUGUGUGAUGUUUUAUUAUGUUUUUAUAUGUGUUCGAAGCCAUGCUUUGUGACUGGGGCAACCCUGCUGGAUCAGAACAGAGGCUCAUCUAGUCCAGCUUCCUGUUUUCACAAUGGCCCCACUUGAGUAUUGGAUGCCCGAAAGCAGGUCGUGUCUGGUAGUGCUGAUAUACAGGCUGCUCUUCUGUUAUUUUGUCACGUUUUUAUUCCACUCAUCCUGCAAGAAGUUCCUUGUGUAUGGCUGCUUCCAAUUUAACAUCCCAACAAACCUGUGAGAUUAAACCAGGCUGGGAAGGUGAUUUGUUGGAGGUCACCCAUUUGUCCUAUGGCUGAAUAGGAAUUUGACUUCAGGUGACCCGUGGCUCCCAGCUGCUGCACCUCACAUCAGCAUCCUGUCGAGAAACCACAUUGGGCAGUGAUAAGGGUUCCUGCGGAGCUUCCGUGUGGCUUUUGUUUUUUUUCUUUUCUGCCAUGUACUAAUUCCCUGGAGAGUUCUUGUUGGAUUCGUGCUGUGGCACUGAAUUUCUCCAUAUGCCAAAACUUAAAGUGUUGGUGGUUUGCUGCCACCCAGUGGCAAAACAAACAUUUCCCAUUUGCAGAGAUUACUAAAUAUGCCGCAUGUUCUUAAUGUACAGUGAAUGGGUGCAGAAUAACAGAGAUAUUCUCAGAUAGCUACCAGGUCAUUGUCUUAGCUCUUCCUAUAAAGUUGCAUACUCGUGUAGGAAGUAACUAUGUGCAAGCACAGUUCAAGGGUGUGGCCCACACAUAGUGGUCAUAAUGGCUCCAUGGAAAGCUUUUGACUUGAACAUAGUUUUUCAAUCUUUAAUUGGUAAUCUACUAAGGCAUUAGUUCGGGGGCUAUGGGCAUUAAGGUCAUACCUAGUUUUGUGAUGAUUUUGGUUCUGGCAUGUUCCUGCAGGUCAGAAGCAAUGGCUGAAGGUUAUUCUCAGCUAUGUUUUAGAACUCCCCACUGAAGGCCCCACCAACAGCCUAAUCUUUUAUAAUUGAUACAUCUAUCUUGAGCUGGGCUCAACUCAAUAUUAAGUUGAGAAUGGGUGAGGAAAUUUUAGCAAUUUUCUGCUAUGAGCGGUUUUUGUUACCAACCCUUAGGAACAGGGUGGGAUCUAAAUUUAAAACAACAAAAAAUUCAGCGAGUUAAUGCAUAUUUGGUCAAUUGGCUGUUUCCAAGAUAACUGAUCAGUUAAUUUUUCAGCUAAUAAGUAUGCUUUAUUGAGAUAGCUAUAGAUAGUUGUGAUAUGUUUAAUGCAUCUGUUUUUUCAGAAGGAAAACCUUUUAUAGAUGUCCUUACCUAAAUAUAAGUGUGUGCAAUGGUGUGGAGGCAGGAUGCAGUAACAACUGAGUAUACAAACAUUUCCGUUUUGAAAAAGACCAGUGGAUUUUAUCUCACUUUCAGGGAGUGCAUCCCCUUUGUCUUUUUCUGUGAGAAACCCCUGUUUGGUUGUCAUAGAAUCCCAGCAUUUUGCAAAGGAUUCUAGAGUGCACACAUUUCCACAGAGCCUUGACCAGGACUUUUACACCUCUGCACGAAUGGAGUGUGCAUCCUUUUGGCUGCACAUCAUGAUUAAUGGUCACACAAGAGAGCUUGUCUACCAUUAAUGCCCUUCUAAGUGAGAAACUUCUAAAAAGCUUCCAAGGAACACCAGGUUACCUGAAACGCUAUUCCUAGAGGCUCUAGGCCACUGAGUACUAUGACUGUGGUAUUAAAUUUAGUCCUUCACCCUUUCCACUAAAAACUUAUUUUUCCUUUCAGAAAACAGAAGAGUGGGAAAAAGAAAAGACGGAGGCUGACAUGGAGGAAUACAUCUGGGAGAACAGUGCCUCUGAGAAGAAUGCUUUGGAGACACUGGUUCGAAUACGAGCAGGUGACAAAACUGAAGAAGUCAGUAGGCAGGAGCUUCUUGCCUCACAAAAAAUUCUGGCCUACAGAAAGUCGGUGGUUGAAUUGAAAAAUGAAGGAGAAACAGAUAAGAACCUUUCUGAGUAUAAAAACUCUGUCAGGAGACUACUAAACAUGAGUGAGUUGCAGUAAAGAGAACUCUUUCAGGCAUCACAGGCCUAUGAAGAUGUACAUCAUAAAGUUCAGUGGAUCUAAUUUAAACCUUCAUACUUUCAGCCUGCAUUUCCUCCAAAUAAAAAGACACUAUCCCAGAGCACUGACCAGCUUGACCACAGUUACUCUGUCUUCUCUUCUCCAGUAGUUAGAUGUUCAAGGGAUCAGCAGGAUUGCAUUCACCCUGCAAAUAAUCUGCAGUUGUGUAGCUUUCAUGGAAGCCUUAUUUCAGCCGUACAUGUCUAUAACUGCAUAUAGAACAUAGAAUCAGAGAGCUGGAAGGGAACCUGAGGAUCAUCUAGUCCAACCCCCUGCAAUGCAGGAAUAUGCAGCUGUUCCUUAUGUGGAUGGAACCUGCAACCUUGGCGUUAUCAGCACCACGCUCCAACCAACUGAAAUGAAAACCUGUGCAAAAGCCUAAAGCCCAGGGUGGUGGGAGGUGGAGUGGGAAUUUCAAUGCCCACUGAUUUAGUGAUCAGUGUUACACUGGAUCCUGUCAGAAAAUAAAAGCACAAUAGCUGUCUUUCCUGGAAAGCCUUUAAAACCACACACACACAUACAAUUUUGGGGAGGUUUCAGUUGCUGUAUCUGGCAAGAAUUGCAGAAGCGUUUUUCUCUAAGCAGAGGGAAAGGCAGUGUUAAACUGGCACAGACAUUUUUUGCAGGUAAAAUGUGGCUGCUGUAUUCUCAGGUCUUUGUCUUGAGAGCAUGUUGUGGCGGAUUAUGUUCCAAGGACUGUAUUUUUAUCUUUUGAAACAAGCUGCUGCUUUCUGCGUUUAAGUUAAGCAGCAGAAAGCCACCAUCUCCCCAGUGACAAAGAUCAAUUUUAGGGGCUGAAACUACCAGGACAGGGUUGCCAAUGGCUUUGGGGAAAUGGCACCUGCAACUCUCUAAAUCACUAAUAAAGACAUGGGAAGUUGCCCAUGGCCUAAUUCAGUUUAUAUAUAUAUAUAGUGUAAAUAAAUUUUUAUUAGUUUUUCACAGUUACAUUUUUACAAAUAAAAACAAGCCUUUUCUUUGAGAUUCUUUAAAUCUCUGGACUUCCCUCCAUACCCCCUUCUGGUUCCUUAUAUUAACCAAUUUCUUCUGCAUAUCCAUUCUUAAACUUUUUCCAUUAUUAUUUCCCUUAAGUCUAAUUUUCUACUGGUUGCAAACAUUUACUUAAAACCCUGCCAAUGUAUGAACUUGUUUACAGUAUUUUUGCACAGAAACAACGAAUGAUUCCCACUCUUUUUAAAAUUUCUUGUUAUUGUAGUCUUUGAGCUUUACCGUUAAUUUUGCCAUUUCUGCAUGGUGCAUUAGCUUGAUCUGCCAUUCUUCUUUUGUCGGUGUCUUUUCUUCCUUCCAUCUCUGGGCUAACAAUAUUCGGGUGGCUGUUGUAGUGCACAUAAAAAUUUUCUUCUGUUCUUUAGGUAGUUCAGUUCCUAUCGACCCUAAUAAGAAAGCUUCUGGUUUUUUAACAAAAGUUAUUUUAAACAUUUUCUGCAGCUCAUUAUAGAUCAUUUCCCAGAAGCUUUUAAUAACCUUACAUUCCCACCACAUAUGAUAGAACGUACCCUCCUUUUCUCUGCAUUUCCAACACUUAUUGGAACUUGUUCUAUACAUUUUAGCAAGUUUUACCAGAGUUAAGUACCAUUAGUACAUCAUUUUCAUAUAGUUCCCUUUAAGUGAGAAACGUGCAGUAAUUUUCAAGUCCGUCCUCCAACGCCUUUCCCAAUCACUCAUUUGUAUAUUAUGUCUCACAUCCUUUGCCCAUUUUAUCAUUACACACUUAACCUCUUCCUUUUUGGUUUCCCAUUCCAACAGCAAAUUACACAUUUUCGACAGUAAUUUUGUAUUCUACAUUUCUCUUUGAACUAUUGAUAUUGUGUAGCUAAAACCUUUCUUUUUAUCAUUUUUAAAUUUUUCAUUUAUUUGAAAAUACUGUAAUCAAUCUGUUACCUUCUCUCUAAUUUCCUCAAAUUCUUUUAACUGUAAUUGGUUAUCCACUUCUGUUACCAGCUCUCUAAAUGUUGGGCAUUUAGUCCUCAUAUUUACCUUUUCUAAAGAUACUGCUUCUACUGGGGAUAUCCACCCUGGUGUUUUUUGUUCUAUUAAAUCUUUAUAUCUCUCCCAUACCUUAAAAAUCACAUCUUUUGUUAUAUGAUUAUGAAAUCCUUUGUGGAUUUUUGCUUUCUGAUACCGUAUAUAUGCAUGCCAACCAAGUCUAACAGGUCUGUAUUCUCUAAUUUAAUCCAACCCCGAAUCCAGAAAAUGCAGGUUGCUUCAAAGUAUAAUUUUAAAUCUGGUAGAGAGAAACCUCUGUCUUUAAUGUCAGUAAGAAGUUUGUAUUUUAUUCUCGGUUUCUUUGCUUUCCAGAUAAAUCUUGGAAUAUGCUUUUGCCAUUCUUUGAAGCAGCUCACAUUGCUUAUCACCGGGAUUGACUGAAAUAAGAGUAACAUUUUUGGCAAUACGUUCUUUUUAAUUACUGAAAUUCUUCCUAAAAGUGACAAAUUCGUCCUUCCCUAGAUCUCUAAGUUCCUUUUUAUUUCUUUCCAAACUCUUUCAUAAUUAACUUUAAAUAUAUUAAUAUUCUAAGCUGUCAACCAUAUUCCCAAAUAUUUAACUUUUUUGUGAACCUCUAUUUCUAACUUCUGCUGAAUCUUUUUCUUGUCUUGCUCUGAGACAUUUUUCACUAAGUUUAGUUUUAUUUUUAUUUAGUUUUAAACCUGCCACCAGUCCAAAAUCCUGUAUUUUUUAUAAGACUUUGGGAAAUGUGCUGUUUGGAUCUCCCACUGUUAUUAUAUCUGCAUACGCUUUCAGCUUGUAUGCUUUAUUUCCUACACUGACCAGCAGUGGCUCUCCAGCAUUGUAGGUAGGGCUUUGUAGUGCUACCUGGAGAUGCUGGAAUUGAACCUGUGAGCAUCUGCAUGGCUGCUAGCACUGAGCAAUGGCCCUUCCCUUUCAUCCUUACCUCUUGAUCCCUGCUGCUUUACAAUAAAAUUAACCAAACACACAUAUCUGAGAGCAGGACUUGUAUGUAUGUCUUCUCUUUGGAUUUGAGGCCCUUCGAAGAUAGUGUACUGAGAAUGCAAACUACCCUUAAGUAAGCAAAAUUCCAGCUCUGGUUGCUUCAAACUUUUUAAAAGAUUUUGCAUGGACAAGGGCCAUUUUCACAUGGAGAAAAUACAACCUAAAUGUGGGACUGCUUUUGAAAUGGCAAUUAUAUCCUGCAUUACCCUUCCCUACCAUCACUUCCAAUCACAUGAAGAACAAGUUGCCUUGUACGCUGCGUUUUUCCUACCACCAUUCCACAUAAUAGACUGCCAUUGGCUUGAACGGGGACAUUUUCAGAAUGUCAGCAUACACACUAAAACAUGCAGAUGUAAAAUUACUUGGGGGGGAUUUUAUGCUUUGAUAAAGGUGCAGGAUAUUAAAAAGCUCGCUGCAUACUAGUUCUGGUAGACAUUGCAUGUGCACUAUGGAAAAGGUAGCGAAGCAGAGAAGAAAUAGAGAGUAAGUUGAUCCUUGGGCUGCAAGAAGCAAGUACUUCCGGCCUUGAGUAUCACAGUUCCUCGUCUGCUUGCAAACAUGAGAGUGUGAGAGUAGGGGCUGAAAAGGAGUUGUAGCCUGGAGACGUGUCCGAUUCCCAGGUGGGGUGGGUGAGUGUGGGGCUGGGGUUUCUCACACACAGAUAAAAUACAACACCACAGUCUCUUACAAUUGCAACAUAGGGAUAAGUGUGCAAAAGAUUGGUGAACGUGCCCAAAGUGACAUAUAAAUUCUAAGAAUUACUUGAUAUUAGUGUUCAUAUUGAGUCUUGGUAUCUUCUUUCUUUGGCGAUCACUCGUAGCCGAGUAAGAUUGUCUUCCAUAAACACGGUUUUAACAAUGAGUCCGUACUGCAAUGAGGAACCUCUGGCCCAUGCAACUAAUCUGGCUGAUGCAUAUUCUCUAAACUGCAUUCACCUGCCUGCCUAACACUUGGUGCUAUAUGUAAAACCAGGUGCGGGGCAGGUAAAUACGAGGCUGAGAUUGGCUGAGUUGCACUGAGCUCUUCUUCAAAGGAGUUUGUUCUCGGCAUCCAUCAUCUGAUGGGUGGUGAGAGACACCCCCUUUGCCUGUUUGCAGACAGGCAUGGUAUAGAACCGAACCUUGCCUGGAAAAUGGACAUUUUUUUCUUUUAAGUCUAAGAGGGGAAACUUCCAUUUGCAGAAUAGUUUGAAUCCAAACCAUCAGCAAACAGACUUCAAAGGGGCUACCACUCACUUUGAAGUUAUCAUAGAAUCAUAGAGUUGGAAGAGACCACAAGGGCCAUCGAGUCCAACCCCCUGCCAAGCAGGAAACACCAUCAGAGCACUCCUGACAUAUCACCUAAUGUCAUAAUGACAUCAAGUAAUUGACAGCUGGUGGCCCUAAUGGCCUGUAAGGGUUGGUGGAGAAAGGAGACAGCUUGCAUACUGGAAAAGUUUCCCGACCAGUCUAUGUGGUUUUGUAUGGAGAAAGGACUCUUAAUGAAAGGUGUAUUUAAACCCUGUUAGAAUUGAAGCAUUAUAAUCAAGAAAAGCAGAUGUAUCUCCGAUCUAGUUUAAUGGCAAAGUACUCAAAAUACCUAUAAUCAGUCCCAAACACAUAUCAAUGAGUCUUCUGAGUGGAGAUGUAUAGGAUUGCAGAGUUCUCUUUUCUUCUCUUACAUAUUCAUCAUCUAGCCUUCACUUUGUCUCUAGAUUUGGAAUAUUUACCAUUAAAAGCUAUUUUUAACCAUAGUG